AUGGUUUCGCUAGAGCCGUCUGCGGCCGCGGCCGGUCUACCGUCGCUGUCGGCGCCGGCGACCAUGCUGCCUGCGCCGCUACAGCCGCGCAUCCCGCGCGGGCCGGCGCGCAUCAUUGUGCUGUGCGACGGCACCGCGCAGGCGCGCAACUGGGUCAAGACCAAACUCACCACGCCCAAAGACGACCCGGACGCCGCGGACGACUGGGACCGUGGCGACAAGAGCGACAAGCCGCGCAAGACGGACGCCGACGACAAGGACGACUCCGACGCGCAGUCGGGCGACUUUUUCACCAACGUCGCCCUCCUCGCCAAGAUCAUCGCACAGUCCAGCGGCAACACUCCCUCGUCACCACCCACCAGCCCGCAUCCCAACCGCAGCGGAACAGAAACCAAAGGUGCCCACGCAUCCAAUGCCAUGCCGCAAAUCGUAUUCUAUCAGUCGGGUGUCGGAACGGGGACCGGCGCGCUGCAGAAUCUCUUUGACCAAGGCACCGGGCUCAGUCUGGGGUCCAAGAUCGAGGAAGCCUACGGGUUUAUCGUGGACAACUACCAGCCCGGGGAUGAGUUGUUCCUCUUCGGCUUCUCGCGCGGAGCGUACACGGCGCGCUGCAUCAACGGCUUUAUCAACUGGUGCGGCAUCCUCUCCAAGGUGGAGAUGACGCACUUUGCCGAUAUCUGGGCCGCCUACCAGCACCGCGAUGCCGACAAGAUCCGCACCGAAACCCAGGCUGCCGAGGUGCUCUACACGGCCACGCUGCGCUAUCCGUCGGCGGAAUCGGAAGCGCUCGCAACGAGCAUGUACCUGUGGAACCUCUACCACCUGCCGGAAAACAAGAACAUGCCCGAGGCCAAGCGCCAGCAACUCAUCGCCAAACGCAGGGACGAGUGCAGCAAGCGCAGGCAGAAGAUGCUCGUGGUGCCGCCACAGAUCAAGGCGAUUGGCGUGUGGGAUACGGUCUCGGCGCUCGGACUGCCCGGCAUGUUCCAGGACCGCGAGAUGAUUGACUUUUUCGACUUUUACGACCCGGGCCUGGGUAGCAAUGUGCAAUUCGGCUUCCAUGCGCUCAGUCUCGAAGAGGACCGCAAGGAUUUCCUCCCCACCAUGUGGUAUCAACCCCCUCCCGCCGCCGCAGGCCUCACUUCGGCGCAGGGGGAGUUUGGCGUGCGCGGGCAGUUUAUGCGCUCCAAGCAGGUGCUCAAGCAGUGCUGGUUCCAGGGCGUCCACACCGACUGCGGUGGAGGCUACCAGUUCCACGGUCUCUCGGACAUUACACUCAUCUGGAUGGUCUCGCAGCUCGUCGACAAGCACAUCCUCCCCGACGGCACAGAAACGCUCGGUCCGCUGCUCAACAUCGACCUCGGGCUGUUGGCGACGAUCCUCGACCGGCGAAGAGAGUGGGCGAUGCAGCUACCACACCAUUCCCGACCGACGGUCAACUAUCAGCAGGCACGCACGGUGAACCAGCUCGAGUACCACUCGUCUACGAUGCGGCGCAGCGUAUGGGCGAGUAUGGGCGAGAGUGGGCGAACGAACGAGUCGAUCCAUCCCUCGGUGGUGCGCGGCGGACGGAUUCACCCCGAUACGCAUCCGGCGUUUGCAGAGGUACGAAGGUGCAAGCCCGAGAAGCUGCGGGAGAUGUGGGACGAGGCGAGUGAUUGGGAGGGCUCGUUGCGGCCGACCGAGAAGAUGCUCUACUGGCCCGCGCGGGCGCCGUAUCCCUGGAUUCCGGGCGCGGACUGUGCGAUGAAUCCGCUCAUUUCCCCGCUGGUCGUCACGGGAGGUUGGAACAUCCCCGAACUCGCAACGCACCGCGCACGACAGCUUAUGAUCCAGGCCGCCUCCCAACGGGCUGCCGCCAUGGCCGAUGUUGACGACGACGAACACCUACCUUCGCGCGAUGCAGGCGUAGAUGUAGACGACCAACCGACCGAUGGCUGGGACGAACCCUCCGCAGCGCAACCCAACAGCGGUGCAGUGCCAUCGAUUACGGGGCUUGUUCCGUUACCGCGCGUCGACUAUCCCGAGAUCCCCGCCAAGGAGCUUGGUGAAAACCCGGUGGACGCCAGUCGCCAUCCGCGCCUGCACACGCUGUGGCAGAAGACGUACAACGCUUCGGCGUGGCCCAAUGCGCUGUUUGUCGAUGUGCUCAACUUGGCCGCUGUGCCCACGGCGAAUCUGCGCCAGACGGCGGUGCAGGGCUGGCUGUGGCAGCUGGGCGAUAAAGUGGCGGGCUAUGCAGACGAUGUAAAGACGCAGGCGAUCCAGGCUGCCAUGCCCGAUGCACCCAGGAUGGCCAAGCGCAAACUCAAGCAGAAUCACACUUGA